AUGGUUUCUGCUGAGGGACGUCAAGUUGAUGAACAUGUCAAGAAGAUCAUUGAAUUGAAAUAUAAGGUUCGGUCAGGAAGUUACAAUAAUUUUGUGGUGAUCAACCAGAAAAGCAUUGGUCUUCCAUCCAUCGAUCUCCUAGAUAGAGUAGGGGUUCUGCAAAUUUUAUUCAUAGAUCAGGAAAUUCUAAUAUGUGACAUGGUAAAUCUCAGUAGUAUAUGCAAGCUGAUGGUUGUUCAUAAUGAACAACCACAUCUCAAAGGUGCUUGCUGUAUUAAUAUGCAGUUUCUUAUCUCACGAGCCAUGGACAUUCAGAAUAUGUGCAAGGCAAUUAAGUUAUUUUUUACCGAGUGA